GGCGCGGGCGGCGGCUCCAGGCUCCGGAAGCGGCCGUGGUGCCCGCGGAGCCGUUUCCUGCCCGGGACGCGGCGGAGCCGGAGCGGAGCGGAGCCGAACGGAGCCGAGCGGAGCCGAGCCAUGACUCACCAGACCGGCAUCCACGCCACCACGGAAUUAAGGGACUUCUUUGCCAAAGCCCGGAACGGUUCCGUUCGGCUCAUCAAGGUCGUCAUUGAGGACGAACAGCUUGUGCUGGGGGCCCACAAAGAGCUGUCCCGGCGCUGGGAUGCUGAUUACGACGCCUUCGUGCUGCCCCUGCUGGACGAGCAGCAGCCGUGCUACUUGCUCUACCGCCUGGACAGCCAGAAUGCCCAGGGCUACGAGUGGCUUUUCAUCUCCUGGUCCCCCGACAGCUCCCCGGUCCGGCUGAAGAUGCUCUACGCUGCCACCAGAGCGACGGUGAAGAAGGAGUUUGGCGGGGGGCACAUAAAGGAUGAGAUGUUUGGAACGGUGAAGGAGGACGUGUCCCUGAGCGGUUACCAAAAGCACGUGUCGUCCUGCUCUGCCCCAGCCCCGCUGACCGCAGCUGAGCAGGAGCUCCAGCAGAUCCGCAUCAAUGAGGGUCCUGUGGGCCAGGACCCCCCUUCCCUGGCCUCCAGCAGAGCCAGGGUUCACCUCCACCCCCCUGGCAUGCCCGUGUGUCCCCCACCCCUUCUCGUUCCCCACGAGACCCCCCCAUCCCCGCGCGGGGUGCUGCUGACGGUGUGUCUGCUCUCCCCACGCUCGCAGGAUUCCUGUUCCCAGGACUCCAGCACCGAGAUGGUGAAGACUGAGAUCAGUGUGGAGAGCAAGCACCAGACCCUGCAGGGCCUGGCCUUCCCCCUGCAGUCGGAUGCUCAGCAGGCCAUCCAGGCGCUCAAGCAGAAGAAAAUCAACUACAUCCAGCUGAAGCUGGACCUGGAGCGGGAGACCAUUGACCUGGUGCACACAAGCCCCACGGAGAUCGCUGACCUGCCCAAGAGGAUCCCCCAGGACUCGGCUCGCUACCAUUUCUUCCUGUACAAGCACUCGCAUGAGGGAGACUACCUGGAGUCUGUCGUCUUUAUCUACUCCAUGCCUGGGUACAAAUGCAGCAUCAAGGAGCGCAUGCUCUACUCCAGCUGCAAGAGCCGGUUGCUGGACACCGUGGAGCAAGAGUUUUGCCUGGAGAUAGCCAAGAAGAUUGAGAUCGACGAUGGAGCCGAGCUGACGGCCGAGUUCCUCUACGAGGAGGUGCACCCCAAGCAGCACGCCUUCAAGCAGGCCUUCGCCAAGCCCAAGGGGCCCGUGGGGAAGCGGGGACAGAAGCGGCUGAUCAAGGGGCCGGGCGAGAACGGCGAGGACAGUUAGAGCCCGCAGGAGCGGGUGGUGAACGGACAGCAUCCCCGCAGCGCUGCCCAGCUUCCUCUCCGCUGACCGUGGGCCUUCCCUCCGGCUCAGCCUAGGUUUUUCUUCCCUUUCCUUGUUCCUAUUCCAUUCCUUUUCUCAACAUCAGGAUGGUUUCUUGCACCCGGGGCACGGUGGUGGGGAGGGUUCGGGGGUGUUGGUGUUUCUUUUCCCCAUGUCCUUAUCGAGCCCCAGUGGAGGGUGGGAGCAGCAGGGCCGUGUCCCCCAGCCUUGCUCCUGUCCCCCCGGGGUCACAGCUGCUGCUCUCCGUGUUCCCUGGGUGACUGAAGGACACGCUUGCCUGCAGGCUGCUCUAUGCA